CCUCAAACUUAUUUAUCACAAAAACAUAAACAAAAAACCGCGUCUCUAACAAAAAACAUAAAAUUUUAAUCAAUUUACCGCAGAAACAGGAACAAAAAUGGGUCGUCGCAAGUCCAAACGUAAGCCUCCUCCAAAGCGCAAAGCUAUCGAACCCUUGGAUCAACAAUUUAACUGCCCUUUCUGCAAUCACGAGAAAUCCUGCGAAGUUAAAAUGGACAAGAGUCGAAAUUCGGCGAAAAUAAUGUGUCGCGUUUGCUUGGAAGACUUUCAAACGCAAGUCAACUUCCUCUCGGAGCCCGUUGAUGUGUACAAUGAUUGGGUUGACGCCUGCGAAACAGCAAAUUAGACCGAUUUCGAGACUUUUUGACGAUUUUUCUUUAUUGAUAUGUAUUUUUUUUCGUUUAAGAUACACUUUAAUGCUUAGUUUAAGGUAACAAUGUAAAUUUUUUUGGACUACAUUAACGUAUAAAUAAAUAAAUUAGCUAGA